AUGGGACUUGAUGUUGAAUUACCAAAAUUUAUAAAAGGUUAAGAAAAUGAUCUUUUGUUAAAUUUCUCAAAAGAUGUUGCAUUUCCACUUUUAAGAGAUGUAGACGGAGCCAUUGUAGAAGAAAUGGAAAAAUUGAAGUUGUAAGCCUAAAAUAAUUUAGCUAGAUAAAGUUAUAUUAAAAUGCAAAAAGAAGUUGAAGAAAGAAUAAGUAUUUUAGAUUAUAAAUAAGAAGAAAAUAUUUAUAAUAAAGAAGAAGACUUAGUAAGAUUAUAAAAAAGAAAAAACUUUAGAAGAACAACUAAAACACGUUGA